AUGGUAUUCGCGACGAAGUUACAAAUCAACGCCGUUUUCAAAAAAGCCGCACCGGCGAAGAAAACGGUCACUCCGGUGAAGAAGGCACCAAUCAAGAAGUCACCGCCGGCGAAGAAGCCAGCGACGCAGAAGAAAUUCACCCCGCCAUCGGGCGAACGCGACCUGUGGUACCCGAACGCGGAAGCGCCCGCAUGGUUGGACGGCUCCAUGCCCGGUGACAGAGGCUUCGAUCCGUUUGGAUUGUCCAAACCGACGGAAUAUUUGCAAUUCGACUUGGACAGAUUGGACGGCUCGGCGGCGAAGAACCCGUCGGGGAACGUCAUCGGUAAGUUGAAGAAGACGGACAACAAGCCGACGGAAAGAACGAUCGUUCCGUUUAACGAAGCGUUUGACAUUAACCGAUUCCGCGAGUGCGAGUUGUUGCACUCCAGAUGGGCGAUGUUGGGCCUCGUCGGCGUGAUCUUUGGCGAAGCCGGCACGGGCGUCGCCUGGCAAGACGCCGGUAAGGUUGAGUUGGAGCAAACGCAAUACCUCGGCUUUAACUUGUGGGGCGAAGGGUCCAACUUGGCCGCGUUGACUGCCAUCGAAGUCCUUUUGGUUGGUACUCUUGAAUUUUACAGAUCCGCCGAACUCGACCAAGAGAAGAGAUGCUACCCGGGCGGCGCGUUUGACCCGUUGGGUUUCGCUUCGAAGAGCCCGGAAGAGACGUUCAGAUUGAAAACCGCGGAAUUGAAGCACGGAAGAUUAGCAAUGGUUGCCAUGUUUGGUGUCGCGCAGCAAGCGUUGAACAACGGCGAAGGGGCUUUGGAGGCUUUGACCAGCAUCGGUAAAUAA